CGAGAUCCCGCCGCUAGGCGAGUUCCGGCCACCGGAAGUGUGCGUGCCCGCGUCAGCGUCAACGUCACAUCCGCGUCGGCCACGUCCAGCGGAGACGGGAACAAGAUGGCGGUCCCGGGCAGGCAGUAUGGGCUUCUUUUGCCAAAGAAAACACAGCCGUUGCACCGAGUUUUGCAAAAACCGUCAGUAUUUGGGAAUGAUUCUGAUGAUGAUGAAGAGACCUCCGUGAGUGAAAGCCUUCAGAGGGAAGCUGCUAAGAAGCAGGCCAUGAAACAGACCAAACUGGAAAUUCAGAAAGCUCUUGCAGAAGAUUCCACUGUGUAUGAGUAUGACAGCAUUUAUGAUGAAAUGCAGAAAAAAAAGGAAGAAAACAAUCCCAAAUUGCUUUUGGGGAAAGAUCGAAAGCCCAAAUAUAUUCACAACUUACUAAAAGCAGUUGAGAUCAGAAAAAAGGAACAGGAAAAAAGAAUGGAAAAGAAAAUACAGAGAGAACGAGAGAUGGAAAACGGAGAAUUUGAUGAUAAAGAGGCAUUUGUGACAUCUGCUUAUAAGAAGAAACUGGAAGAGAGAGCUGAAGAGGAGGAAAGAGAGAAGAGGGCGGCUGCCCUGGAAGCACGAUUGGAUGUGACCAAGCAGAAGGACCUUAGUGGGUUUUAUAGGCAUCUGUUAAAUCAAGCCGUGGGAGAGGAAGCACUCCCUAAGUCCAGCUUCCGUGAAGCCAGGACUGAAAUAAAAGAAGAGAAGCUCAGGGGUUACUCUGAUGAAGCAAAUUCAGAGGACAGACCACAGCAGAACUGCGCUCUCCAAACUGGUGACGAGGGGAACCCGGAUGCUGACAGCGAUUUUGACAGUAAGAGCAGUGACGAUGAUGAAGGGGGGGACCAUAAAGUAAACCACAGACGGGACGGAGACACAGGAGCCUCCAGGAACCACCGCGAGCAUCCCAGGAGUCCGAGCCUCUCACGGCCGUCCAGUGAAGAGAGAGGCCGGGGUACCAAGCACCACUCCAGCCGAAGUCCCAAGUCAAGAGGACAUGAACAAAAGGGAGGUGGGCACCAGGACAGGACGGCCAGAGACCAGGAGGGCUGUGCCACGGACCACGGCCACCGGCAAGAGAAGACUUCUCACAGCCACAGAGAAGCUGACCGUAAAGAUCACUACUGGAAGAGGCGGGAGCAGGAAGAUAAACGGAGAGAAAGACAGGACAGAGGACGGAAAAGGGAGAAAUACCCCUCUAGGGAACGUGACAGAGACAGACGAGAUGACCACGACCGAUACAGUGAGAGGGGAAAGAGAGGCAGAGACAAAGACGAGCGUGUGAAAGGGAGGCAGGAAAGACAUGAAGACAACGGUAGAUACAGAGAGACGGAAAAACAAGAGAGAAGUCGAGACAGGAGGGAGAGCAGCCCGGGGUCCAGACCAGACGAUGAGUUUCUGGACCAGGAAAGAUCCAGCAAAACAAGAAACAUGGGGAAGGACAAAGGGGGGGACCAGGAGAAGCCCUCUCCUUCUGAAACGUCACUAGCAACAAAACACAGACUGACAGAAGAGAGGCAGGAGAAGGGCAGUGAGCAAGAGAGGCCCCCUGAGGCCUUGAGCAAGUUUGCAAAGCGGAGCAACGAGGAAACCGUGAUGUCGGCUAGAGACAGGUACUUGGCCAGGCAGAUGGCACGAAUUAAUGCAAAGACUUACAUCGAGAAAGAGGAUGACUGAUGACGGCCAGCAUCUGGAGUUCCUUGGCUUAAAUAAAUACAAAGAUAGUGAUGUGCUCCUGCAUUUAAUUCACCUUUUACUUAAUUAUAAAAGUAAUUUCCAGGUUUGAGACUAAGGCUCUUGCCUAACAUGCACAAGGCCCUGAAAUUGAUGUCCAAGAUUGAAAAAAGGCAGGAAUUUCAUUCAUAUUUAAUCCUUGUUUAGAAGAUGUCACUUUAUUUUGUAAGUUUGUAUUUUGCAAAUUACUAAGUUGGCCUGUAAGUAAAUCUGUCAGCAGAGAAUGAAAAGGUGUGUUAUAUACUCCAGCAUGGAGACUGAAUUCUAUUAAAACUCCAUUUCUGUGUUCAAAUAAAACUACAAUUUCUGAACUAAGUCAUUGAAACCUGA